AUGCUUAGCACAGUCAACUUGCUCCUUAGGCGAUCUAGAGAUGUCCUAUCAUCUGCAUCCGCAGCCUCUGCUUCUUCAACCUCUUCUACCUCAUCAUCCACGUCUGCAAGUCCUUCAUCUACAACCAGCGACAGAUCUGGCAGCACCUCGUCCGCUGUUCCAGUCCUGGUUGCCUCUCCUACCUCUGCCUCUGCCUCUUCUACGUCAAGCGUGUCUCCAGCCCUGGAGACCUUCGGAGCCGGUACUCACGGAACAACAUGGGGCAAUUUACCUGCGGACCCUUCGAAUGCGAAUCGAGGACCUGCAUUCGAGGCAGUGUCCAUCAUUCUUCUCUCAGUAGCAGCUCUUGUCCUGGCUUUCAGAUUCUUCGCGCGUAUCUACACCAAGCGUGUAAGGCAGGUUGUCCGAGGAGUGGGUCCAGACGAGUGGUUCGCGCUCAUGACCUUGAUAAUUACCGCCGGUGUUACUGCGGAUAUCAUUGUCGGUACUGAGUACGGUAUGGGCAAACACAUGUCCCUCAACGAGACAUCGGCUCAACUUUCGGCGAUUCUGAAGGGCGCGAUCUUUCAAUGCGUACCGAUCAACGCAUUCUGGGCUGCUGGAAACCCACUCCAGAGUUCAAAAUGCAUCGGCAUUCUAGCGUUCAAUGGCUUCAACAGCGCGUGGAGCUCCUUAGAAGAUCUUGUAAUCUGGGUCCUUCCCAUUCCUGUCAUCUGGAAGCUCAAAGUGCCUUUCUCACGGAAAAUGGGUCUUUGGGUACUCGUCGCCAUCAGCUCUAUCUCGGUUGUCUGUGCCAUCGUCCGCAUGGCCUCUCUAAUCAUCUGGAUGCGAUCAAUAGACAUCUCCUGGAAUUACCCUCUCAUCCCAUUCCUCUCAAACAUGGAGGUCUGUGUAGGUAUCAUGACCUCGUCGGUUCCUGCAAUCUAUCCGUUGUUUCGAAGGUCCGCAAGGGAGCAGAGUCACUCGGAUCCAGCGCCGCCACCGAUGGGGUCGCCCGAGACAUCGUGGGUCAGUCAGGAUAGUCACGACGAGACCGCCGUACCAUCUACAGCGGACCGGUCGAGCAAGAGAUGGAGCUUCCUGAGCCGGAAGACAUCGACGAAGCCCAAGCUCGAUGGGCACGGGUACCUCUCGACUUUGAGAAGCGAGUAUGGUCCGCGAACGGAGUUGAGGAGUGUGUUCGAGACGGAAGAAGUCGGCGAUUUCAUACCCGGACUGGCAAAGUGA